GGCUACAACAACAACGGCGAGUUGCUAAUAACAGCUGACAUUUUUAUUUUAUGUAAACAAAAUAUCGCAAAUAAGGAAAAUUUGUCAUUAAAAAUAAUUAUAAGAUAUUAUUAUUCAAUAGAAUGGUCAAAGUGGAUGUCGAGUACUGUCCGAAAUGCAACUUCGAGUGGCAAUGCAAAAUGUUACAAAACUUCCUACUCCAACAACAACCAGAUGCGGAAGUAGUAUGUUCCAAAGGACGACAGGGGUCGUUUGAAGUAAAAAUAGAUGAUACUUUAGUUCAUUCAAAAUUAAAAUCGUUUGCAUUUCCUGAUCACGAUAGCGUUUUGGAAAAUGUACGACGAGCGGAAAAGGGUCUACCAAUUGAAAAGGUUAAAGAACAACCAAUUGACAAUUGUAUGCUGAUGUGAUAGCCAAAAUGUAAUCUACACAGUGACUUGGAAACUCCUGAGUAUGCUGUAAUUUUCCAAAACCAUACGUUUAAUUUUAUAAUACCUUGGCAUAUGAAACUUAAAUUGAAGGUAUGAAAUAAAAAAUAAUAAUUAACAUUUUUUAAUUGCCAUUCAUCGCAUAAAAAUUAUCUUAUUUCAUAAAUAAAUCAAUUUGUAUGAAAAAUCCAAUCAAAAUUAGCACUGCGAUGGGCAAAUCGAUAAAAGUUGAUGUGGAACAUUGUGGCUUAUGUGCAGCGCAUGCGCGGCAGUGCAGAUCCCUGCAAAAAUAUAUAAUGAACGGACAGCCAGAUACGGACCUAGUGUGCCGAACAGGUCGACGUGGUUCUUUUGAAGUGGUCAUAAACGGCAUGUUGGUUCAUUCGAAAUUACAGACACAGGCUUUCCCAUCACAGGACGAUAUACUGCAGAGAGUAAAAAAUGUGCACUCAGGUUUGCCACCCAAUUAUGUGAGAGCAGAAUCCGCCUGCUCGUUAAUGUAAAAUUUGCUUUCGUAUGUACAGAAAUACUUUUCCUAUAAUUUAGUCAACACAUGUAUUUUAGUAAAUGUUUUAUUUUUACAAUUUUUGUGAUGCAUAUUUUGUAAAUAUUUCAAUUAAAGAAUAAUACCUCUUAAAA